AUGCCGUCGAUAAAAACUAAUAAUUUCAAUAAGCAGAAGACCAAGUUACAGGAAUACGAUGAGUAUCCAGAUGAAUACGCUUGCGUUUUUGUCAAUAAUCUUUGUCUCCCGGCAUAUGUAACUGAGGAUACUAUGAAAUUUUGCAAACAAAUUGUUCCUAGAGUAGGCGACAUCUGUUUUGUUCACUAUCCAAAGUCGGGUGGAACUUGGCUUUCUUACAUACUAAGUUUUCUCAUAAAUGCUGGUGUUACCCCAACAGAAGACUUCUUAAGCAAUCAAAUUAUUUGGCCUGAAGCACGUCAUUUCACAAAUCAGGAAUUGGAACAAUUUAAUUCACCUCGUAUCUUUAAAUCUUGUCUGCCAUACGCACAUGCGAUCGCUGGCGGACCGUCUCCGAGAAAUCCACUGAAAUACAUCUAUAUUGCACGUAAUCCAAAAGAUGUAGCAGUUUCAUACUAUUUAUGGGAGUUUGAUAAACCAUGGACAAAUUAUAAAGGAACAUGGGAUCAGUGGUUUAACCGAUUUAUUAAUGGUCAUGUUCAACGUGGCGACUGGUUUGAUCAUAUACUUGGAUGGUAUGAGCAGUCCGAGACAUGCCCAAAUAAUUUAUUAUUUAUAUGGUACGAGGAUUUAUGUCUUAACUUUUCCGCAACAGUCGAAAAGAUUAUACAUUUCUUAGAAUUAAAAUUAACUACUGACAUUAAAACGCUAAUUAGUGAAACUCAAAAAGGAACAGAAUUUAUUUGUAUGAAGAAACGGAACAAUUUAGUUUCCUAUUUAAAAAGCGAUUUCCAAUAUCACAAUGUUGUUAACAAUACAUUCUUCCGUGAAGGCAAAAUUGGUUCAUGGAAAAAAUAUUUUACGACGCAGCAGAAUGAGCAAUUCGACGAAAUAUUUUUUAAACGAACGAAAAAUAAGAACCUCUCCAAUAUCGUUUUUGACUCCGAUACAACAAAAGCUGAAGCUAUCGACUGA